UUAGAGGAAGGAGCCUCAUUUAUCCAGGCUAUGGGAAGGAGUGUGUGAGCCUAUGUCUGCAGCUCCUCCCGUUAUAUUCCACACCCUGGUCGGUGUCUCUGAAAUAUUGUUCAGGCUUCACAUCUUUGAGUUGCUCUGCGCAGAGUCCUGGAAGAGAGCAUUUUUGAACAGCAUGGAGAAAGAGAGGAGAUCCUCAAAGCAGUACGGCUCUCUGGAGAAGACGCAGGUGAAGGAGGCGACGCAGAAAUCAACAGAGGAUGUUGUUUCCAUGGCGGACUCCACGAUCACGAUCGAGGACAUCGAAGGAGAGCUGAGCAAAAUUGAGCGGAUACGAGACAUCCUGGUGCGGAGGGAAUCGGAGCUGAGAUACAUGAUGGAUGACAUUCAGCUCUGCAAAGAAAUCACAAGGCUGAAGACAGAGCUGCAGAAACUGGUCUCAAUUCCAGACAAGGAGAAGUCCAAUGGGGACAGGAAGCGGGAGGAGGAGCUGCUGCUGCAGGUCAACAAGCUGGUGGAGACCAGAGACUUCCUGGUGGACGACGUGGAGUUUGAAAGGCUGAGGGAAAGAGAGGAGGACAGAGAAAUGGCAGCCUUCCUACAGUCCAAAUUUCCCAAGACAUUGGCUUCAAAAGGUGUUUUGCCAGAUCAGAAGGUGGCGUCAAAAUCACAGCAGACAUCGCCGCCAUUUUUCAAUAAAACUGGAGUAACACUGCUGAAGGACUGCUGCGGCUUCACCUGCUCCAUCAUGUAACACUGUGUGUGUGUGUGUGUGUGUGUGUGUGUGUGUGUGUGUGUGUGUGUGUGUGUGUGUGUGUGUGUGUGUGUGUGUGUGUGUGUGUGUGUGUGUGUGUGUGUGUGUGUGCCUCCUUAGUGCUUUCAUGUAUGUGCUGUAAGUCUGCCCUAAAGAUGAUCUGCAUUUAUCUUCAUCAGCUGGUAUAUAAAUGUAGUUGCGAGUGUGUGUUCUGAAAUAUUGCAGGCUGUCAAAUACUGCCUUUGUGUGUUGCAGAGGGGAAGAUGUCUGGCUUGUAGAUAAACUGAUGCUGCUUUCUGUCCAAUUAAGGUAAUUAGACGUUAUUAUGGCUGCUCCUUGUGAUAUAUCAAGAUGCGAAUAAGGGCACAAACUGUAGCAGAGUAUUAUGGGUAUUAUUAAGACUGCAGCUAGUGAAUACUUUCAUCAUUUCAUCAUCCAGGUGCAGAAAAUGGUUCAAUUAGGAGAACAUUUUAUUUGGAAAGGAAAGAAGUGAAAGCCUUUUUCUUUGUGUUGCUCAUCAGAUGUUGAUGAGAAAGUGAACCAAACCAAAGUCUGGAUUGCUGAUUCAUUAUGUGGUCAUUUAGUAAUGCCUUACAUUCUGUUGUGGUGAAUAAACAUAUUUUAAACAAUGCAA